AGUUACCACACCCACACAUUUCUAAAUUCGCUAUAUCGUAAAAAAUUCAUGAAUUUAUUUCGUUGCUUUUUUGUCUUAAUUUAAGGUUAGGUAUAUGGUUAUGUUUAAAAUCAGAUUUUAAGAAGGUAAAUUGUAGAAAUAGGUAGGGUUUAGUCAUAAUUAUGACUUUGCCGCUCUGGUAACUAGUAACAACCGAUCACCACCGCAACCCACUUCCCGACUUUGCUCUACUCAGCAGUUAUGUCUGGGCUCCUCAGAACUAUUUCAACCCGCAGUGCUCUGCGGGGACCCAUGAUCACCCAGAGGGCCAGUGUCUUCACCAGGCCGGCUAAACACCCUCUCGGCCCUGCCGAGACCAUCAUCGGACUGGGACUGUUCGCACUGGCUAUCCUGGGACCUUCCAGUUGGAUUCUCGCCAACAUUGAGGACUACAAGAAGAAAGAUUAACUUAACAUGAACUCAUGUUAAUGGAUGUUCCGUACAUUCUGUACUCAUUCAAGACUCUCCUGGGACCAUCAUUAUUUCAAGAACUCUAUGGAACAAAUCCCCAACCUCCAUGAACUACCUCUCCAUCUCCACUGUACUCUCCUCACUCCUAGUUUACUCUUCAGCCCUUUGGAGAACCGUCUGCAAAUAGAAUGGCUGCACAACAUCUCAAGAUUUGUGAAUUUGAUUUGAACAAGGAGUAUGUUACAAUAAUAAAACAUAAUUAAACUUGAAA